GUGCCUGCUGCGUCGAGUCUGCGCGGCGGUGCUGUUGAACGCGGUUGUGUGAAAAUGUCUAGCGACGGACCCCCGGGAGCCGAGACCAGCCCGGAGCUGGGCGCCUCCGCCGCGGCGCUCAACACAUGGAGCCACGCUGAGCUACAGGCCAAGCUGGCGGAGAUCGGGGCGCCGGUAAUGGGCCCUAGAGAAGAGUUAAUAGACAGGUUGAAAAAUUACAUGAUGCAGACUGGAAUCAUGUUGAAUAAGCCCAACAUACCUGGUGGAGAUGACAAAGGCAUGCCCACGAUUCCAGGUCUGCCACCCAUGCCCCCAAUGCCAUCCAUGCCUCUCCCCCCAGGAAUGGGCAUGCUGCAGGCUAUGGGAAUGAUGGGAGGGCCCCCACCUGGCAUACGCUUGGGCCUAGAGCCACCAGGUGUUCCUCCAGGAGUACCCCCGGGAGUGCCUCCAGGAGUACCCCCAGGCAUGCCACAGGAAGAUCAGCUGAAGAUGGCCCAGCAGAGAGCUGCCAUGAUGAUGCAGCAAGAGGAGAGGGCCAAUCAGGAGGACAUGAAGGAGCAGGAGCUUCUCGAGCAGCAGAAGAGAGCUGCACAGCUGCUGGAGCAUGAGCGACAGCAAGAGAUGGCUAAGAUGCAGGGAGGACCGCCAGGCACAAGAGGGCUAGAGCCAGGACCAGGACCCAACCUGCUGCCUCCUCUGGUUCCACUGAGGGUCUUGACGACUAGUGCCCCACCUCCUCCUGGUGCUUCAGUGAUUUCACAGAGCAAUCAGAGGCAGAGGGUUCCACCUCCACCUGGAGAGGAUGGUAGAGAGAUGUGGGCGAAUGAUGAGGUUGGCAUUGGCCCAAAGAUCCCGCAGGCUCUGGAGAAGAUCCUGCAGCUGAAAGAGAUGAGGCAGGAGCAGCUCACUAUUGCCCCUACAGAAGAGGAUGAUGAUGGCACAGAGAUGGAGAUAAACAAUGCUGCUCGAGGAUACUCAGACGACGAAGAUGAGGGUACCCUGUCUAAAAAAGAUAAAAGCCGCAGACGUAGAAACCGUAAGAAGAAGAACAAGAAGAAGAAGGAUAGAGAGGAAGAGCAGAAGGAGACUGAGAAGGAGAAAGAGAAAGAGAAGGAGCCAGAAGUGGAGAUAGAGUACGUCACAGAGGAGCCGGAGAUCUAUGACCCUAACUACAUUUUCUUUAAGAGGAUCUUCGAAGCUUUCAAGCUGACAGAUGAGAUAAAGAAGGAGAAAGAGAAGGAACCGGAGAAAGCAGAAAAGCAGGAAAGCACCUUGCUGAGGAAGAAGGGAUUUUUGGAGGAGAAGAAAGACAGUGACGACAGUGAUGAGGAAUUGAAGCCAGAUGCACCAAAGCUGUCUAAGAAGAAGCUGAGGAGGAUGAACAGACUGACUGUGGCUGAGCUUAAACAGCUGGUGGCACGUCCAGAUGUGGUAGAGAUGCAUGAUGUGACUGCUCAGGAGCCCAAGCUGCUGGUGCACUUGAAGGCCACCAGAAACACUGUGCCUGUGCCCCGCCACUGGUGCUUCAAGAGGAAGUACCUACAGGGCAAGAGGGGUAUCGAGAAGCCUCCAUUUGAGUUACCUGAGUUCAUUAAACGCACCGGCAUCCAGGAGAUGAGGGAAGCUCUGCAGGAGAAGGAGGAUGCCAAAACUAUGAAGACCAAAAUGCGUGAGAAGGUUCGGCCCAAGAUGGGAAAGAUUGACAUUGACUACCAGAAGCUCCACGAUGCUUUCUUCAAGUGGCAGAUCAAGCCAAAGCUGACUAUCCAUGGAGACUUGUACUAUGAGGGUAAGGAGUUUGAGACACGGCUGAAGGAGAAGAAGCCUGGUGAUCUGUCGGAUGAGCUGAGGAUCGCUCUGGGCAUGCCCACUGGACCUAACUCCCAUAAAGUUCCCCCACCGUGGCUUAUUGCCAUGCAGAGAUACGGCCCUCCCCCCUCCUACCCUAACCUCAAAAUCCCAGGUCUCAACGCCCCCAUUCCUGAGAACUGUUCCUUUGGGUAUCACGCUGGAGGCUGGGGUAAGCCCCCUGUUGACGAGACUGGGAAACCUCUCUAUGGAGAUGUGUUUGGAACAAACGCUGUAGAUUUUCAGGCCAAAGCUGAGGAGGAGGAGGUGGACCGCACCCCAUGGGGUGAGCUCGAGCCAUCUGACGAAGAAUCCUCAGAAGAAGAAGAGGAGGAAGAAAGUGACGAGGACAAACCAGACGAAACUGGUUUCUUCACACCUGCCGACAGUGGCAUGAUCACUCCUGGUGGGUUCUCCUCUGUUCCUGCUGGUAUGGAGACCCCAGAACUGAUUGAACUCAGGAAGAAGAAGAUUGAAGAGGCAAUGGAUGGAAAUGAGACUCCACAGCUGUUCACAGUGCUGCCUGAGAGGAGAACAGGCCCAGUGGGAUCAGCCAUGAUGGCGUCCACACACAUCUACGACAUAUCUGCGGCGGCCGCGGGCCGUAAGGUGGGCGGUGUGUCUGGUUUGGGGGGCGACUCUCAGGGUGUGGAGGUCGCUCUCGCUCCCGAGGAGUUGGAGCUAGACCCCAUGGCCAUGACGCAGAAGUACGAGGAACAUGUGCGCGAGCAGCAGGCCCAGGUUGAGAAGGAGGACUUCAGCGACAUGGUGGCUGAACAUGCGGCCAAACAGAAGCAAAAGAAGAGGAAGGGUCAGCCGCAGGACACUCGCACCGGAGCCAAGAAAUACAAAGAGUUCAAGUUUUAGGCAGGAGAGAAUCGUGAGACCACCGAUAUUCAUGCUUUCUGUUUUUCUUUUUAAAGUGAGUCAGUAGAAACGGGCCGUGUAUGUGUACGCUGAUCCGCAGCAGUUUUUCAUUUUCCAACAUGUUUUGUAAAUAAAAUAUAAAUUCAUGCCAUUUUAA